AGCUCCUUCGUCAUUCAGUGCCAAAACCCCUAUCUAGGUACCUAGUUGGACUUCCUUUCCACAUAGCAAAGCCAUGGCAUGGCGCUGCGGAUCGCUGUCGAGGUCGUUGAUCUCCGCCACCAGAACCAUACCAAGCCGUUCUUCUGUCCCUCGCAUCCAUCGCCCUUCUUCUUCUCCUUCUCUUCGCCGCCCCCUCUUCACCCUCCCUAGGAAUGUCGGAGCACUUGGAUGUACGCAGUCGCUUAUGCCGCUGCACAGCGUCAACGCCGCCGCUCGCUUCACUUCCCACAUCUCCGUCGAAUCGCGCGCUUGCUGUGAAUUGUCUCAGGGUACUUGAAUGGACCAUAUAGAUUCGGCACCAAUUGUGCAUCACAUGAAUUUCUCCAAGUAUAGGUGGUGAUGGCUGAUGCUGUGUGAAGCAGGAAUCUUCUUUUUCAUUUAUUCAUUUCUCUUUGGGAAAACUGUUUGUGACUUGUGACCUUGAUGGAUUCUUCGUUAGGCUGUGUUAUAGUAACUAGUAACCCUGGGUUACAUUUUAAGAAAAUCAUUUUUAUCCACAAUAAAGAAGGUUAUCUAUUCUAAAA